UGCCGUUAUUUAUUCCUCCCGCCACACGGGGGCGGUGAAUCCCCGCUGUUUGCCGCUAUAUAAACCUGUACAAAGCAACCGGCCGCUAAAUCGUUCUGUUGGCUUGUUGAUAGUGUGUCAGUCUACAUUUGGAAGAUGUUUAACUUUGUAAAGAAUAUAUGCGAGUAACAUAGUCACGUGUUAAUCGCUACGUUGCUUCUAAACGGCUUUUUUUUUAAACUGGAAAGCAGACCGGAAACUGUCCUUUUCCAGCUUUGACCGUUAGCGUUAGCUAGCUAAGUGCGUAGCUAGCAGCAUCUAGCCGGCUGUUGUUAAACCGUUAACCACAUAUCUGCUGUGAAAGAGUCGCCACCUCGCCGAGAUCUUUGUCGAAGCUCUAGGUACUCAGACUCGGAGGACCAGGUCUCGGGGAUCAUGUCCAGACGCAGCCUCCGGCUGGAUGAAGGCCUGCUGGACCGAAGCCUUCCUCUCGGCAGCGCCUCCUUCAGCGCGGGAGGAGUGGGUUGGAGGAGCACCAGGUCGUUGAAGUCUCGGGGUUCCCAGCAUGCUUCCAGCUCCACGUCUCUCCUCCUCCCGACUCCCCGUGUAGCGACGGGCCAGUCUCUCCUGAACAGCAGCGUCCACAGCGUGACCUCGGACGCCUCGCUGCUCUCCUCGCUGCUGGACGAGUCCUCCGUCAGGGAGAGCACGCUCAUCGACACCUUCUGGGGUUUGGACCAGGACAUUGAUCCCAAAGAAAGCACCAUGGUAGCCGAGCAGAGCACCGUGCUGGCAGACUGCACUCUGAUUGGUUCAGACGGCCGCUGUCCCAAACACGUCGCCCAGACGAUCAGCAGGGUUUACUGCAAAGACUGCGAGCUCUUAGAUAGGACGCACGUUUCCUCCUCUAAAUACUCGGAGCCGGAAACUCCCACCGUCUACUGCCGAGACCGCAGCCGCAAGAGCAAGACAGCAGGUGUUCUGGCGUCCCUGUGGUGCUGUGUGCUUUCUCUGCUCUCUCAUCACCUGAAGCUGCAGAAAUGCUGCGACCUGACAGCUCGGUCCGGUCUCUGCGGAGUCAUGAACGUGAGGGAGACCCUCGCCGGACAGAAGGAGCUUCAUCCCAACGGAUCUCUGUGUGACGACUGUCAGCAGAAACAGCGCUCUGAGCCGGAUACCGUCACGUCUUCCUCUUCAGCAUCCUUACCGUCCUCUGUGACUUCCUGUUUGUUGUGGCUGAUGUGGAGCGCUGCGGUGUUUACAGCUUCGUGUCUCUCGCUGCUGCUUCACGUUGCAGCUUCAGCAGUUUGGCGUCUGACCCAGAAAAUGUUUUCAGCCUCAGGGAGCGCCGGACGCUCAGCAGGUAAGACGGCAGGUGAUGUGUUCAGGCGGCUCAACAGACGAUGUCAUCACAUGACAACCGGCUUGACUCGGUUUCCUCUCAGACUCCUCCUCCCUCUGCUGCUGCUCUUCAGCUUGUGUUUGUUCGGUCCGGCCGCUCUGCAGUUUGUGCUUCCAGCCGUAAACAUCACAGAGUGGAGUACGGCGGUCUUUGACGUCUCCGGUCUGUCCUCCAUCUACGGCUUGGUGUCGUCGCAGAGCCACGCGGCUCCGGGCGCCACAGAGGAGUCGGGGGAGGUGCAGCCCUACGUGGAGCCGCUCUACAGUCAUCCUCCAGCGGCAGCAGAAGAGGAAGCGUCUGCGACAGUGGCGGAGGCGGAUGAGUCGGCACGGCUUGGCCGUCUGGAGCGGAGUCUGACGGCGCUGUGGGAGCACGUGGAGGCCGCAGGGCAGCGGGCGGAGCAGAGACACGCGGAGCUGCUCCACCUGUACACCGACCUCCAGCAGCAACAGCUGGAGCAACAGCUGGUCUCUGAUCAGAGCGACGGAGACGCCGUGCAGCCGUGGCUGAACGGACUACUGCAGCAACAGCUGGAGCAACAGCUGGAGCAACUCCAGAGACGAUUGGACGAGGAGAGACGGCACACAGAACAGUCCCGGCAGCAGGAUGUGUUGCAGCAGCAGAGUCAAACAGCUCGUCUGGAUCAGCUGGAGCUGCAGCUGCAGAAACUGGCCGCCAGGACAGAGGAGAUUCAGCGGAGACAAGAAGCUGCUACGACAGUCUCACCUUCACCGACAACACUUCCAGCUGCGAUCAGUGGUGGAGUGGACCGUCAGUCCCAUGAUGCCUUGCUGGCGGAGGUUGCACGGUUGCAGGCGGCGCUGGAGAGGGUCAGACGGAACGUUGGCGGUCUGUCUGGGUGUCGAGACGGCUGCAGAGGACUCGACACAAUCCAGCAGACGAUUUCAGAGCAGGUCUCCGCUGAAGUCCGUGAGGAAGUUCGCGUUCUGGUCUACGGCAACCAGCUGGCGGCGGCUGACGGGACGUCCCGAGACGACGGGGACCUCCAGGAGUCGCUGCUGCAGUGGAUGUCGCAGCGCUACGUCAGCCAGGCGGACCUACAGGUGGCGCUGUCCUCUCUGGAGCGCAGCAUCCUGCAGAACAUCAGCCUGCAGCUGGAGAAGCUGAAGAAGCACCGCGGCGAGGGGACGGGUGGGCAGCCCGUCCUGCACGCCGCUGAUGCUGGGGACGCCGUGACCCGGGAGGACGUCCAAGUGAUGGUGAAGAACGCUCUGCGUCUGUUUUCUCAGGACCGAACCGGCAUGGCGGACUACGCUCUGGAGUCUGGAGGGGGCAGCGUCCUGAGCACGCGCUGCUCGGAGACGUAUGAGACGAAGGCCGCUCUGCUCAGUCUGUUCGGACUUCCUCUCUGGUAUUUCUCUCAGUCUCCUCGCGCUGUCAUCCAGCCGGACGUCCAUCCGGGGAACUGCUGGGCCUUCAGAGGCUCCACGGGCUUCCUGGUGAUCCGCCUCUCCAUGAGGAUCCUCCCCACAGCCUUCUCCCUGGAACACAUCCCCAAAAUCCUGGCUCCCAGCGGGACGCUGCACAGCGCGCCCCGGGACUUCAACGUCUAUGGUCUGGAUGAUGAGAGUCAGGAGAAAGGGAAGCUGCUCGGUUUCUUCACGUACGACGAGGACGGAGAAGCUCUGCAGACGUACGCCGUCACCGAGGAGAACGACCGAGCCUUCCAGAUCAUCGAGGUCCAGGUGUUGUCCAACUGGGGCCACCAGGAGUACACCUGCAUGUACCGCUUCAGAGUGCACGGGACGCCCCGAGACGCCUGAAGACGCCGCCGCACACACAGAGUGUUUUCCAGCCCAAACCGUGUGGAGACGGCAGUAAAACUAGGGCUGCACCAUGUGAGGAAAACAUGCGGUAACUUCUGCUAAAAUACAACAAAUUCCACAUUGAACCACUGAAAAAACAAUGACAGUUACAUCUUUUAAGUGCAGUUUUCUACUGACUUUUUCUUUCAACUGACACAAAAUCUGUCUCUCGUGAUGUGUCACGGGAGGGGACUCAGACGCAGCCUUUCGCAAUGUGUUUACUGCGCCAGUUGAUAUUGCAAUUAAGAUUUAAAAGACGCUAUUGUGC